UGUCAGACGUUGUGGCACUUGUGGAGUAUAAAUUUGGGUAUGUCCGCACAAUAAUACCGCUGCUCAGUCAAAGGAACACAGGGUGCUCGGUGCUGAUCUGAACAGAAACCCAGCUGACAUAAUGUGUGACGACGAGGAGACUACUGCCCUUGUGUGCGACAACGGCUCCGGUCUGGUGAAGGCUGGCUUUGCUGGAGAUGACGCACCUCGCGCUGUGUUCCCCUCAAUUGUUGGUCGCCCCCGUCAUCAAGGUGUGAUGGUGGGAAUGGGCCAGAAGGACUCCUAUGUGGGAGAUGAGGCCCAGAGCAAGAGGGGUAUCCUGACCCUCAAGUACCCCAUCGAGCACGGUAUCAUCACCAACUGGGAUGACAUGGAGAAGAUCUGGCACCACACCUUCUACAAUGAGCUGCGUGUGGCCCCCGAGGAGCACCCCACGCUGUUGACCGAGGCACCCCUCAACCCCAAGGCCAACAGGGAGAAGAUGACCCAGAUCAUGUUCGAGACUUUCAACGUCCCCGCCAUGUAUGUGGCCAUCCAGGCUGUGUUGUCCCUCUACGCCUCUGGUCGUACAACGGGUAUUGUGCUGGACUCUGGUGAUGGUGUGACCCACAAUGUCCCCAUAUAUGAGGGCUAUGCCCUUCCACACGCCAUCAUGCGCCUGGAUCUGGCCGGUCGCGACCUCACCGACUACCUCAUGAAGAUCCUGACUGAGCGGGGCUACUCUUUUGUUACCACAGCUGAGCGUGAGAUUGUGCGCGACAUCAAGGAGAAGCUUUGUUACGUGGCCCUGGACUUUGAGAACGAGAUGGCCACCGCCGCCUCCUCUUCCUCUCUGGAGAAGAGCUACGAGCUGCCCGACGGUCAGGUCAUCACCAUCGGUAACGAACGUUUCCGCUGCCCCGAGACCCUCUUCCAGCCUUCCUUCAUCGGCAUGGAGUCGGCAGGCAUCCACGAGACCACCUACAACAGCAUCAUGAAGUGCGACAUCGACAUCCGUAAGGACCUGUACGCCAACAACGUCCUGUCCGGCGGCACCACCAUGUACCCCGGCAUCGCCGACCGGAUGCAGAAGGAGAUCACCGCCCUGGCCCCCAGCACCAUGAAGAUCAAGAUCAUUGCCCCUCCCGAGCGCAAGUACUCUGUCUGGAUUGGAGGAUCCAUCUUGGCCUCCCUGUCUACCUUUCAACAGAUGUGGAUUAGCAAGCAGGAGUAUGACGAGGCAGGUCCCUCUAUUGUCCACAGGAAAUGUUUUUAAGUUCCUCACUGGAUAACUGUGCCCCUUACGACAGUCAGACAGACCCCCACGGAUGCAAAAACUCUUUCCAUUCCCUGCAUCUAUGGAUGUGUUGCUUCAAAAUCGAUAUGGAAGGUAUGAAUCCAGAACGCCCUCAGAUUUAUUUGUCAGCUAUGUACAGUUUGUUUACACCCAAGUGCAAUUUAUGUGUGGUUAUUUUACUGGCUCAUGAAUGAAUUAAUGUACAUUAUUUAGAUAUUUAUUUGUUUAUAAAUAAACAAGACCUGGAAUCGUGUGUGUAUUUCACGUCUUCAUUAUGCACAUCAUCACCACUCAUGAUGAAGGAGGAACGGCUCAAGAAUGGCGCGUUACCAAUGCAUUCUCCAGAUAUAGUACGGAUAUAGUAUGGAAGGUAUGAAUCCAGAACACCCUCAGAUUUAUUUGUCAGCUAUGUACAGUUUGUUUACACCCAAGUGCAAUUUAUGUGUGGUUAUUUUACUGGCUCAUGAAUGAAUGAAUGUACAUUAUUUAGAUAUUUAUUUGUUUAUAAAUAAACAAGACCUGGAA